AUGACUAAUUGGCAAUUGACAAGUAUUGACACAACUUUAUCGAUUAUUCCUUACUGCUACUUUAUAGUUUAUGAGACAAGAGACCAAAAACUUAAACUUUUAACUUUCGAGAACCUUAACAACACCGAAAUUUGUGUCGAUCUUCAGCAACUUGUUCAAUCCAAUGAGUUUUCAACAACACAUCACAAAUGGACCAAACAGCCAAUUAUUCAUCGCAAAUACAUAAACUUUCAUGGCUGCAACAUGUUUAUUGGCAUCUUUAGAAACUCAAAUUUUCUACAAUUCAAACUUGAAUAUGGAAUCAUAAAGACAGCAGGACCACUAAAAAACUUUAUUAUUGAUAUUGCUGAUAGCUUAAAUUUCAAACUCAAUUAUGUGAUGUGCAGUUCCUUCGCAUGUGCAGCUCCAAAUGAUCGUGUUGGACAUAUUAAUAAUGUUUUGUAUUUGUCGUCUUUUGAUGCUAAUUCAGAUGAAUUAUUUAUGUGGAGAAAGUUAUUGAUUGGCAUUCAAGUCAUCUCAAAUUCUUCAAAUCCUGUGAACACAACUCUCUUAAGCAUCGCAAUUUGUGAAAUUAUUGAAAAUGCUUACGCAAAACAUGCAAGAAAUGUCGAAAUUGGCGAUCUUGGUGGAACACAAAGUGAACUAGUUGGUAAAAUAAUCGAAAAUGUUAAAGAUUCGAUGACUGUGACACUGGAAACAAAUCUUCGACCCAGUCCUUGGCUCUUAGAAAAUCUUGAAAUUCUUUUAUUUCGCAAUUACAGUGAUUUUUGGAAUUAUAGUGCGAAAUUUUUACUACGCGAAACUUACUCAAUUGAUGUUGGAUUCCUUGUGUAUAUACAGGAUGUUAGUAUUGAUGACUUUAGAAGGUCUAAUUGGCUGAGGCCUUACACUAUUUUCUAUCUAUUGAGGAAUCGUAUGACUUAUUCAAUCUACACGUAUGUAAAUAAUCCUUAUCGUAAUGAUGAAUGCUUUAAGGACUUGGAUUUGAUGCAUCUUAAUCAAUUUGAUCCAAAAUCACUGAAAUGGAUCUUACCGGAAAUUUUUCCAGCCAUUCCAAAAGUUUUAGACUGCACUACAAGAUUUAGAAUUGAAAUUGCUACAAUUGGACUCAACUACAUCAGCCAACAUUUUGAAAUAUCCAAAAAUGAGGUUUCUUUAGAAAUUUUGGACAUUUUUUCAGUUGAAUUUUAUUUUUCGUAUGACAUGGAUGAAUGCUACAAAAUUGACUGUAAUGACUUGGAUAGUGGAAAAUAUAAAAUUGAAAAUGUUCUUGAGUUGGUAACACUUGAUCAACGGACGUAUAACAUGUAUAGACUAUUAAAUCAUCAGAUUUUAAACAUUCAAUGCAUAUCAAUUUAUCAUGGACAAUUGUUUACUUUUAAGUCACUUAAAACUUUAGAGCCUGAGAUCAAUUUUGAAGAUUUUUUGACUGGAAACUUUGAAGUUUAUGCCUCAAGUUAUCGACUUCAAAGAGACGAAAUGAAUUUCAUUAAAAAUAAGACUGGCCUGAACAUGCAAAGCAUAGACCUUUAUGAAUUCAUUGAAGAAUAUAAGAAAUUAAACAAAGAUGAACUGCCAACUUAUGGAUUGUACAUUUGCGAUAUUCAACAUAAUUUAGGAAGGACUCAAAAUCGAGUUCCAGGACAUCAGCGCUUCAUUCCACUUCCAAUUGAAAAGCCACAUUAUGCACUUGGAUUUCGAUCAAGAAGUUUUUAUAAUGAUCAAUUUAAGAGGAUGAUUUCAAGGCUUGUAGUUGGUGGAAUUGUUGAUAAGCUUUUGGAGAACAUGUUUCGAUAUGAUUUGAAGGAUUUGGACAUUAUUGAAGAUUAUCAAAUAUUGUUGACUUUAAAUGACUUUAAGUUUAUUUUCUUAGCUUGGCUUUUUGGAUAUUUUGUGAGCAUUCUUGUAUGCAUUACUGAAUAUUAUGUCUAUAAAGUUAAGCUUCACAUAAUUAGGAACAAUUUUAUCGAUAAUCAAACAGUUUUGAAGACUAACUUCAUUUUCAAGGAUGAGACCAAUCAUAAUACUUCUCCUAAAAGGAAUCAAGAUCGAACUGAAACAAUAAAAGAAAAUGAGAACAAACAACUUCAAAAUGACUUGGGCGAUGAAAUGAGAGACACAUUUAUUGACUAA